CUUCUGGAACAUGUGGUUGCAGUUCGAGAAAGCAUACUAGUUGAAGAGCACCCUGAUCGACUCACUUCUCAGCAUGCGCUCGCGGGUGCAUAUCAAUAUAAUGGACAGAUGAAGGAAGCAGUGGUGCUUCUAGAGCACGUCGUUGCAGUUAAGGAAAGAACACUGACCCAAGAGUACCCUUCUCGACUUGAUUCUCAGCAUGCACUCGCCAAACUACUCCUACAGAUAUCUCCUAAAUCAAAUACACCGAAAUGCUUCUAG